CUUUUGACUAUGACUUCUGCAACAUACUGACCAGUCCGACUUGAUAAGGAGAGUCGGGAGGACACAACGAAAGUUGCCAAGAGGAGAUUGUUUGAAACUUUUGCUUUUUACCCCCUUGUCGGUGCUUUUGCUCCUACCUACAGGUUUGAAUGCCCCCAAACCCCGCCUGCAAACGAUUACUCAAACCACUUCAUUGAUAGAGGCAUCACGUCCACGGUACUCUCUCCUGUAAUUUUCAACUUUGUUUCCAGCAAUUCUGUGAACACCAGUAACAUUGAGAAUUCCCGAUAAGAUGCCCGAGUGUGCCAAAUGCAAGGCAGGUGUUGACCUGAAGACGUGCGCAAAAUGCCAAUCAGUCCUCUAUUGCUCCAGAGAUUGCCAAAAGGAUGACUGGAAAGUUCACAAGAAGGUGUGCGCCAAGAGCACUCAAGGGGGUAGUAAUACAACCUCAACUGGAAGCAGCUCUACUCGCGCUGGUACCGGUCCUAGAACCAAAGGACUGGAGAAGCACCUCAAUAAACCAAUGACACGCCUUCACAACCGCAGUUGGCUGCACGGUCGCCCAGAGAACGACGUCUACAAAAUCCUGAUUGACUCUUAUCGUCUGAAGAUGGCCGACGACGUCAAUUUUGAUGCCAAACCAGAAGCAGAGUCGAUUUACACAGCAGCCGGAGCUGCCAACCCCCUAGCUGGCUUCCGGCGUUUCCUGGCCCAAGCGAAGUCAAGCGAAGGACUCUUGCCGACUUGGUGGAACGAUGAGAAUCAGAAGGAAUGUGAGGCAUUGGCAACGCCACGGGACGGUUUGUACAGCCUCAGCAAGAAGAUACAGAAGGCCGAUAUCAUCACUCAUUAUGAUGAUCCGCAAUUCCCGAUGCAGCUCCGUCUGCUGCGCGAACAGAUCACUGGAAGAGGGCCUGCGGGACAGUCUGGAGGCCCCAUGAUCUAUCAGAUGAUGCAAUUUGAACGUGGCGAUGGUGACGGUGAGUUCAUCAUGAUGGACACGACGACGGGGAAGAUUCAAAAAGGUCAUUGAAAAGUAAAGGUUGUUGCAGCGAUGCAUCGUCACAUGCUGUCAUGAGAGACUGGCAGGUUGUAAUCUGAGGCAACAUAGGUGGUUUUUGGUUUGUUUGUUGUAUUGCUUAAGAAUGAUGAUGGCUGAAACUAUGUGAUCAGAAUGGAU